AUGGAGGAGUUAUGGUUGGAUGGCCGUGGCAAAGGCUUGGUAAGGUGUAUGCCCGACGAUGGAGGAGUUGUGGUGUUAAGGUGUGAGGCUAUGGUGGAUGCAGCUUUAGUGGAUCGGCAAGGUGGCUACCAAGAUCUACGAGGUUUUUUGAUGGAUUUUAGCUAUGUUUAUAGGAGUGGGGAAGAUGGCAACAACAAGGUAAUGAUUGGUGGCUAA